UCCCAUACGGAGCAGGCGCACAAGUCAUAUAUAGACAAUCGAUAGCGGUGAAGUGAAGAGAAGCUGACUAACCAGUGCCGUUUCCUAACGUUGCGUGUCCUGCUGUCCGUGUUUUGCCUUUCUUCUCUUCCGAUAAACACUGUAUCCAUCACCAACAUGAACUACGCCGAGGUCAAAAAGAUCUUCAAAGACCACGGGGAGGGAGUUCCAGACGACAUCGAGGAGAUGGGUGCGCAAUUCAAAGAUGCGCACAUAUUCAGGCUGCCCCCGCGUAUGUUCCAUCUUCAGAGCAACAUUCCAAUCCAAUUCCGGCAUCUAGCUUACGGUAACUAGAUCUAGACGGAGAGAAGCGCGAGGCGAUCAAAGCUAGCUUUGCCGCCGCGAUGAAAGAGAAAGCGGACGUGACGAAGGGCGAGGCAGGAUCGGGCAAGCCUCCCAAAGCCGAUACGGAUCCGGCCGCGGGUGCAGACACCAACAUACUCACCGAGGAGCUGGAGGAGAGACAUACCGGAGAUGGGAAGGACUCAGCUGCCGGCUCGGUGAGGAGUCAAGCAGUGUUAGGUAGCGCUGCCCGACCAAGCGUCCCGGCAAAAGUGUCGCCGGUGUGCCCGUUCUUCCAGCUCGACAUCUGUGCCCUAGGCGAUAAGUGCGAGUACAGACACGUUAGGGAGGAGGAAACAUGCAACUAGGCAGUCUGUGAGUCGGACGACCGGCUGGGGAACGAUGAUUUGCCGCUGGGGAAGGAAAACUUGC